AUGUUGGUGGGGCACUUAAGAAGAAGUAGGAACAAAGUGAUAACGUGGCCAGUAGCACCAGCUCAUGUGAACAGAAAAUGCACGUGGAAUGGGAGCAAAGCAAGUCAGAUAAAAUCAUUUCGGUGCACAAAAUGGAUGGUGGACUGCAAAAGCUUCAAGAGAACAAUGAAGGGGAGGUUUCUGAGAGGGUAUCUUAACAAGUGGAAGAAAAUAGGGAGUCGAGUGAUCCACUGUGCUGCCUACGGUUACUGCUGCGAAUGGGAAGUGGGGCCAUCCAUGUACAAUGAAGGAGACUCCAACAUUCCAAACGAUGUGCCAAAGGGUCACUUGGUUGUGUACGUGGGAGAACACCACAAGAGAUAUGUGAUCAAGAUCACGUUGCUUAACCAUCCUCUAUUCAAGACAUUGCUGGAUCAGGCUCAGGAUGAGUACGACUUCAUUGCAGAUUCAAAGCUCUAUAUUCCUUGCAGUGAGCACCUUUUCCUCACUGUCCUUCGCUGUGCAAGCUCUCGACACAAGAACGAGUCUUUGUGUGUGUCUGAGUAG